AUCGAUCUGCAGAGGCGUGCAGAGGAGCUUCUACCGGUCGUUGGACACUAUUUCGGAGCUUUUUUUCUUUCAGGGGGAUGCCAAAAGUGGAAUUACUGUUUGGAACAUGCUAUUGGAAAAUUUGGUAGUGGUUGUGUUCUGUCUGUGGAGUACUGAUGUCAGCAGAGCUUAUGUUUUUCAAGCCAGUAGACCUUCAGAGGGAGACAACCCACCCACCCACACUAAAGUCAUCUCAGAGUGGGUCAGCUCAGCGGGCUCCUGCAAGGGGAGGUGCUUUGAGCUGGACGAAGCCGAACCUCCAGGAUGCAGAUGUGACAAUCUGUGUAAAACCUACAUCAGCUGCUGCUCCGACUUCGACGAGCAGUGCCUCAAAACAGCGGGAGGUUUCGAGUGCAUGCAGGAUCGCUGCGGGGAGGAGAGGAAUGACGAGCACGCCUGCCACUGCUCACAGGACUGCCUGGAGAGAGGAGACUGCUGCUCCAACUAUAAGUCACUCUGCACAGGUGAGGCAACAUGGGUGCACGGAGACUGUGAGGAGAUCAACACGGCAGAAUGUCCUGCGGGCUUCAUCCGACCUCCCCUCAUCAUGCUGUCUGUCGACGGGUUCAGAGCAUCCUACCUGAAGAAGGGCAACUCUGUCACCCCCAACAUACAUAAACUCAGUGCGUGUGGUACGUCAGCACCCUACAUGCGACCGGUCUACCCAACAAAGACCUUCCCAAAUUUAUACACCCUAGCCACAGGUCUGUACCCGGAGUCUCAUGGCAUUGUGGGAAACACCAUGCAUGAUCCAGUGUUUAAUGCCACCUUCAGCCUGCGCUCCAGGGAGAAACUGAACCACCGCUGGUGGGGCGGACAGCCUAUCUGGAUCACAGCAGAGAAACAAGGAGUGAAAGCAGCUACAUUCUUCUGGCCUUGGGUGAUUCCUCUGGAGAGAAGGAUUUUGACCAUCCUGAGCUGGCUGCAUUUGCCUGAUGAUGAGAGGCCGUACGUGUUUGCCGUGCACUCAGAGCAGCCCGAUACCUUCGGACACCGCCUGGGGCCACUCAGCAGUGAGCUGGAUAACCCUCUCAGGGAGAUCGAUAGCAUCAUCGGUCAGCUGAUGAACGGCCUGAAGCAGAUGAACCUGCAUCGCUGUGUCAACGUCAUCGUCGUAGGAGACCACGGUAUGGAGGAGGCUCACUGCGACCGCACAGAGUUCCUCAGCAGCUACCCACUCAACAUAGACGAGAUCCAGCUGAUCCCCGGCUCUCUGGGCAGAAUACGACCCCGAGACCCCAAAUCCUCCACAUAUGACCCAAAGGUAGUGGUUGCAAACCUCACUUGUAAAAUGCCGACGCAGCACUUCAAGCCGUACCUAAAGCAACAUUUACCCAAGAGGCUUCACUACGCUAACAACCGCAGGAUCGAGGACGUCCACCUGCUGAUGGAGAGGAAGUGGCACAUAGCCAAGAAAAUGCCAGAAAAAUUGAGGACACGAUGCGGUUUCUUUGGUGACCACGGCUUUGACAACAAGAUAACCAGCAUGAGGACCAUAUUCAUGGGUCAUGGACCAAGCUUCAAGUUCCAGAAAAAAGUGCCAGAGUUUGACAAUAUAGAAUUAUACAACGUCAUGUGUGAUUUGUUAGGCUUGAAGCCGGCCCCUAACAACGGGACGUACGGCAGCCUGAACGACAUGCUGAAAGAUCCUCCGUUCGAGCCCAGCAUGCCGGAGGAAGUGACCCUCCCGUCUCCAGCUGACCCUGACACCGUCGCGACCCACGACCUGGGCUGCAGCUGUGAUGAUGAGAAUAAGGUGGAGGAGACGAUUGAAGCCUUCAGUCCUGCCCCUGAUGGGAUGUACAGUUACAACAGUACUCACCUCCCGUUUGGUCGUCCGGCCAUCAUGUUUGAAACUCAGUACAGUCUGCUCCAUCAUGUGGAGUUCAUCAGCGGCUACAGCAAGGAGCUGGCCAUGCCUCUGUGGACAGCAUACACACUGCCACGACAGGAGGACAUGACUCCCAUCCCGGUGGUCUCUGCUGGGGCUCAGUGUAUCCGAGUGGACCCCAGAGUGUCAGCUGAUCACAGUCAGAGCUGCACCGCCUACAGCCAGAACAACCAGCUCACCUACGGAUCCCUCUACCCUCCAGAGCUGGCAUCUUCUCCAGAGUCCAGAUAUGACGCUUCGCUCAUCACCAACAUGGUCCCCAUGUACCCUGCAUUCAAGAGAAUGUGGAGCUACCUGCAGGGCACGCUGCUGAGGCGCUACGCAGAGGAAAACAACGGCAUCAACGUUCUAGCUGGACCCAUAUUUGAUAAUGAUUACGACGGCCUGCGAGACACCACGGAGAAGAUCAGAGAGGUCUCGGCCGAGGCCCUGCCCGUCCCCACCCACUUCUACAUGGUGGUGACCAGCUGCCAGGAGCUGAACCAGACGGUGGAGGAGUGUGACAGAGAUCUGAGGGCCUUGUCCUUCCUGCUGCCCCACCGACAGGACAACACUGAGGCCUGCAAUAGUGCAGAAGAAGAGUCUCAGUGGGUGGAGGAGCUCCUGCAGCUCCACACGGCCCGGGUCCGAGACGUGGAGAUCCUGACGGGCCUGGACCUGUACCGCUCCACAAACCUCACCCUCACCAGCACCCUGAGCCUCAAAACAUACAUGCACACCUUCGAGAGUGACGACUAGACGCCCAGAGACAGACACACACACACACACACACACACACACACACACACACACACACACACACACACACACACACACACACACACACACACACACACACACACACACACACACACACACACACACACACACACACACAAUAUAUCCCUUUAUAGAAGUCCUGCAUUUACCUGCAUGCUCGCUGGACUGCCGGCACAUCGUUGUUCUUGAGGAACUGCCCGAUAAGUGCUUGUAGAAGGGAACACAUAUAUUACACAUUUUGAAUAAGAUUGAAUUGGAUUGGCAAGCAGUAGAAAAUUACAACACACAUGUUCAUUUUUAUCCCCCAAAUAUCUGAGAAGAAAUAAGCUAGCACAGGAACGAUGCAGGGUGGGGACUUUCUCGACAGCUGCCUCUACAUAUUUCAUAAAAGCAGUUUAUACAGGACAUCCUCGCACACAUAAAGGACUGUAUUUCUCCGUAACUAUAAACAAUGUAUACUUUAUAUUCCUACGGCCCAUUCAUUGCAUGCUGUAGAUUUCAAACAAAUUGAGUGUGUCUUUUCUUACUCAUAAAAUACUUUUAAGACUUC